AUGCAAGCGGUCGUCAAGAGCAGCGUGGCCAAGCCCCGCGUCUUCGUCACGCGCCAUGUUCCGUACAUCAUGGAGCAACUGCAGCGCGCGAACGUCGAGUGCGACGCCUUUGAGCGCGAAGACAUUGCGAUCCCGCGCGACGAGCUCUUGCGUCGGGUCCGGUCGUGCGACGGUAUCUUGUGCAUGCUCACGGACCGCAUCGACGCCGAGGUGCUGGCGUCGGCGGGCCCGCGCCUCAAAGUCGUGUCGACCAUGUCGGUCGGCUACAAUCACGUCAUGGUCGACGACUGCCGCGCGAAAGGCGUCGCGGUAGGGUUCACGCCUGGUGUCUUGGAUACAUCGACGGCCGAAACAGCCGUGACCUUGACGUUCAUGGCCAAGCGCCACGCGGUCGCAAGCGUCUUGAGCGCCAAGGCAGGCGAGUGGGGCACGUGGCAGCCCUUCCAGUACUGCGGCACGGACGUCGAAGGAAGCACGGUCGGCAUCAUUGGCCUCGGCCGCAUCGGCGCCAAGUACGCUCAGAUGAUGCGCGCGGCCUUUGGGUGCCGCAUUCUUUACACCGGUCCCAACGAAAAGCCCGAGGCUGCGCAGCCGCUCGGAGCUCGGUAUUGUUCCCUGGACGAGCUCCUUGGCGCCAGCGACAUUGUGAGCGUGCACUGCCCACUGACGCCAGGCACGCAACACCUCAUCAACGCCACGACUUUGCGCAGGAUGAAGCCGUCCGCCGUCCUCAUCAACACGAGCCGUGGCCCGGUUGUGGACCAGGCCGCGCUCUACGACGCACUCGUUGGCAAGCAGCUGGCGGCGGCCGGCCUUGACGUCACCGACCCGGAGCCACUUCCGACUGACGACAAGUUGUUCACGCUGCCCAACUGCACGAUCUUUCCGCACAUUGGGUCGGCGACCAUCAAGACGCGCCAGGCGAUGGCCGACAUCGCUGUGCAGAACGUGGUUGCUGGCGUCGUGGGCGCCGCACUUCCCCACGCCGUCGUCGCUUGA